GUUGAUCACAACAACACCAAGUGAUUUUCUAUAUACCUCCCCUUCGUCCUACCCUACACCAUUUCCCAAAAUCAGAACAGCUCUAUGUUUACCUGUCUUGCGCAUAAGUCAUCCUUGAUAUUAUUUUACCUCGUUGCUAUCACCUUUGUACUUCGAACCCAUAUCAUACGCUUAAUCGAUGUCAACACUCUUGAACUGAAGGAGUUUUUCAGUGAGAAGGCGCCCCCGUAUGCUAUUCUGUCACAUACAUGGAAAGGCGACACAGAGGUGACGUUCCAGGAGUGGCAGCGCGCUGCCGUUGAUGACACCAUCAAGAGCAAAGAGGGCUAUACCAAGAUCCUGGGGGCUUGUCGUCGCGCGCGGGCCGAUGGCUUACAAUAUCUUUGGUGUGACACCAACUGCAUAGACAAGUCCAGCUCUGCGGAACUCAGCGAGGCUAUCAACAGCAUGUUCGCUUGGUACCGUGAUUCGAUCGUAUGCUACGCCUACCUCUAUAACGUCCAGGCCGGGUCAGGUACAUUUGCUAGAAGUAGAUGGUUCACUAGGGGUUGGACAUUGCAGGAGCUACUCGCGCCAAGUAAGGUCUUGUUCUUUGAUCAACACUGGACGGUGCUUGGGGACAGGAGCGGGCUAGCAAGAGCAGUCACUAAUAUCACCAAGAUCCAUAUUGGUGUGUUAGAAGACCGUUCAACAAUUCACGACUACUCUAUUGCCCAACGCAUGUCUUGGGCGGCCGACCGUCAGACAACACGCCUAGAGGAUAUUGCAUAUUGUCUCCUUGGGAUAUUCGACAUAAACAUGCCUCUACUUUAUGGAGAGGGAACAAAAGCAUUCACCAGGCUGCAAAGAGAGAUCAUCAGCAUGUCUAACGACCAAAGCAUUCUUGCAUGGAGUAUGGAACCCUCGUGUACCAACCUUCAGACAAGUGCUUUAGCACCGUCACCAACUGCUUUUCGUUUUAGUGGAUCGAUAGUCAGAAACGAUGAAACAUUUGAAAGUGCUUAUUCCAUCAAGAACCUAGGAAUAUCGAUGAAAAUGGCUCUUAUUAAAACUGCAGUUGGAGGAGUCGCUUUAAUCGGGCUGAACUGCGUCAAAGAAUUGCAUAGAAAAGCUCGCCACUAUAAGCUACCGAGCGGAAUUAAGUUGAAGAGGCAUUUUCGAAUUUGGAUUGCCAUAAAGCAUCUUAAUGAUGAUACAUAUGUUAGGAUCCACCAACCAUCGUCUAUGGUAUUUCUUCAUAAUUCAUAUCCAACCUUGACACAUUCCACGCCGGUGGAGAUAUUCUUGAGUCUGGGUACAUAUCAGUUUCACGCCACACAAAAGUUCAAGGAUCCUUUCGAGAGCUUGCGAAAGCAUGUUUCAAGUUUGCCAUCUGAGCUUGUGCUUACGAUCGCAUCGGGGAAAAUGACUCUUGACGGGCAGAUCUUCAGGGAGGUAUAUCCCCUAGGUGGCAUUUCUAUUCUUCAGCUAAAACAUCGAGGCAUUUCAACACUAUCACAUUUUCUCAUAUCAUGCGACAAUCUUUCUGUAAUCUUCUCAGUGUUUUGGGAUGAGUGUUUGUUUCCCCAGAAAUGGCAGUAUACAACUAUCUUUGACCCAAACCUCGAAGUCAGUAACAAUAUGACUUCCCAGGAGGAGUGGUCCUGUCUCUUCGAGAGCUAUAGGCACACCCAGUCUAGGGAAUGUUGUAACAGCAUUAGUGCUAUGUAUUCGAUUCAUGAAAGACUACGAGAAGCGUACAGAAAGAAGUUGUUAUCAUACGAGAAGGAUGAGAAGACCCCAAUCAUACGGGCAGAGCCAACAGUGCUGAAAGAUUUAUUUGGCCAGCCAGAACUAGUUGUUGAUAUUAUUUUUCGGGAAACCCCAAACUCCAUGUAUAAUUCCCCCUGAUAUGCCUCGAAAUGCGGCUCGGCGAAGCUUCUUUUAUCUCCUAGACAAUAUAUACAGGCAUUAACUCGGUCUUUAGGUAGACGAGUGGGCAAUUCGAAUUUGUGCUCGAAGCAGCAUUAAUAUAUAUCGUGCAUCGUUUCCAGCGUUGUAAAGCAAGUGACCAUGGAACCUUACACCUGGCGUCGUCUCGAGUGCCUUUUCAAGUUCGAUUCGAUCAAACUGUCGGUGUUGGAAUUGCCAUAUUUUCUGAGUAUCGAGGUAUGUUGUAGAGUCUAGCGGCUUCCAGUAUUCUUCUAAUAGUCGCAUCGUUGCGCUCACACCAUGUCCAAUUAUUGUUAUUUUUCGGGCUCCUAUCAUGGGCGAACUGAAGACAUCGCUAAGUUUCGUAGCUAUCUAAGUGGAGGUAAUAAGCUCAGUACGGCCAAAGCUAAAUGCUUCGGGAUUGCCCAGCACACGUUGAUUCUGAUACGAUAUAUUUUCCCUAAUCUGUCAAUGGAAACUGUCUACCUCAAACUUGGCAAAGCUGUCCGGGUGCCAUAUAGAUACUCCGAUAUCUGUAACCUUCGUGAUCUCGG